AUGUUGGCUUGGAAACUAGGGCCAGCAUUAGCUUGUGGUAAUAUGACUGUAUUGAAAUUAGCUGAACAAACACCACUUAGUGCACUUUAUUGUGCUACUCUUACCAAACAGGCUGGCUUGCCAUCAGGUGUUAUCAACAUCAUACCAGGUGAUGGGCCUGAAUGUGGUUAUGCAAGUGCUGUUCAUGCACAUAUCGAUAAAGCUCUAUGUAAUCAAGCACUAUUUGGUGGCUUUAAACAAUCAGAUCAGGAAAGAGAAUUAGGUCGAUAUGGUCUCAAAGCAUACUAUCAAAGUGAUCUUGAUAAAACAAUUGAAACUGCUGAAAAACGUUUCCAGUAUGAUUCACCAUGGCGUAAGUUUGAUCCUGCUGCACGUGCUUACCAUACUCAAUUAGAGACAAUUCUUGAAUGUAUUCGAUUGGGUAAAAAAGUUGGUGAUAAAGGUUAUUUUAUUCGACCUACUAUUUUUACUAAUGUAAAAGAUGGUAUGAAAAUAGCUGGUGAAGAAAAUACCUCUUGA